AUGAGUGGAAUCGCAACGGCCUGUCUGUCUUGCCUGUCGGCAGUGGACCGAUGGUGUCAUAUUACUGCAUGUCUCGGUCCUAUUGGUAUUCGGUCUCGAGAUGGUAUCUACGAAACGACCUUGGCCGAUAAUGAGCGAGAGGCGGUCUCGGACCUGUUAGGCUACCUUGAGAACCGCGCGGAGACCGACUUCUUCCAUGGCGAGCCUCUACGGGCAUUGAGUACCUUAGUUUACUCCGAAAAUGUCGACUUGCAGCGAAGCGCAAGUCUGACCUUUGCUGAGAUCACAGAACGAGAUGUGCGCGAAGUCGACCGCGAUACCCUUGAACCCAUUCUCUUCCUUUUACAAAGCUCUGAUAUCGAAGUACAACGGGCUGCUAGUGCGGCGCUGGGCAAUCUUGCCGUGAAUGCCGAGAACAAGGUGUUGAUCGUCACCCUAGGGGGGCUGGCUCCCCUCAUUCGCCAGAUGAUGUCGCCCAAUGUCGAGGUACAGUGCAAUGCGGUGGGAUGUAUUACGAACCUUGCGACGCAUGAGGAGAACAAGGCCAAGAUUGCUCGCUCCGGGGCCUUAGGCCCUCUCAUCCGCCUGGCCAAGUCGAAGGACAUGCGUGUGCAACGUAAUGCUACUGGCGCGCUGCUAAAUAUGACCCAUUCCGAUGAUAACCGACAGCAACUCGUCAAUGCUGGUGCCAUUCCUGUCCUCGUUCACCUCCUUUCGUCGACCGAUGUUGAUGUCCAGUACUACUGCACAACAGCCCUCAGCAACAUAGCCGUCGACUCUACCAACCGCAAGCGACUCGCCCAAACCGAGUCGCGCCUGGUGCAGUCCUUGGUCCACCUUAUGGAUUCGUCCACCCCGAAAGUGCAAUGCCAAGCAGCACUAGCCCUUCGUAACCUCGCGUCGGACGAGAAAUACCAGCUCGAAAUCGUUCGGGCGAGGGGCCUUAUCCCACUGCUGCGACUUCUGCAAUCUUCUUACCUUCCUCUCAUACUCUCCGCUGUCGCUUGUAUUCGAAACAUCUCCAUCCAUCCUCUUAACGAAUCACCUAUUAUUGAAGCUGGCUUCUUGAAGCCGUUGGUGGAUCUCCUGGGCUCAACCGACAAUGAAGAAAUUCAGUGCCACGCCAUAUCCACGCUCCGUAACCUCGCUGCUAGCUCCGAUCGCAACAAAGAGCUCGUUCUGCAGGCUGGAGCAGUCCAGAAGUGCAAAGAUUUGGUUCUCCGGGUCCCCCUUACAGUUCAGUCUGAGAUGACUGCUGCAAUUGCCGUGCUGGCCCUCAGCGAAGAGCUGAAGCCGCAUCUUCUUAAACUAGGAGUCUUUGAUGUCUUAAUUCCUCUCACCAAUUCCGAAAGCAUUGAGGUGCAGGGUAACAGUGCAGCUGCUUUGGGAAAUCUCUCCUCAAAAGUCGGUGACUACUCCAUGUUCGUUCGUGACUGGGCCGACUCCAAUGGCGGGAUUCACGGCUACCUCCAUCGCUUCCUAGCUAGUGGUGACCCAACUUUCCAGCACAUUGCCAUCUGGACCCUCCUCCAGCUCCUCGAGUCUGAGGACAAAAAACUUAUUGGAUAUAUCUCAAGAUCUGAGGAUAUCGUUCAGCUGGUGAAGCUAAUCUCUGACAAGAACAUUGAAUCAGAUGAAGAGGAUCUGGAUGAUGGCGAAGGUGAGGUUAUAACUCUCGCCCGUCGUUGUCUUGAAUUGCUUGGAUCAGGCACUAAGCAGACCCUGGUGGAAGCUUAA